AUGAGCGGCCUCAAGCGCUCUUUGGAGGAGUCGUCGCAUGACGGGGACAGGCCCUCGCCCUCUGGCUCUCCUGCAUCCGCUACGACGGUCAAGCCCGCCUCGCCCGCCGCGCCCGCCUCGUCGAGCUCCUUUCGCAAUGUGAGCGCCUGCAACCGCUGCAGGCUGCGCAAAAACAGAUGCGACCAACGCCUGCCCUCGUGCGCCUCAUGCGACAAGGCCGGCGUCAAGUGCGUGGGCUACGACCCCAUCACCAAGCGGGAGAUUCCGCGCAGCUAUGUCUACUACCUCGAAACCCGCGUCGCAUACCUCGAGCGCCUCCUGCGAGACAAUGCCAUCGACUUCCACGAGGCCGACGACUCCAAUCCAGCCUAUACCUUCAACGACGCUGUCCCACCCACUUCCACCUCGGCUGCGCCGCCCUCCCGCAAUGGCAGCAGCACCACCGCCGAUAACAACCACAACAACACCACCUCCACCCCCACCUCCACCCCGAAGCAGACGGCCGCCCAGGUCAAAGAAGAGAGCGAGAGGUAUGACCGCGAGAAGCUUACAAAGCUCGUGUCCAACAUUGGCAUGGUCUCGGUGCAGGGUGCCAGUGAUCCGAGGUACCUGGGCUCAACCUCUGGCAUAUCCUUUGCAAGAGUAGUGUUUGCUGCGGUCAAGAGCUCCGUGUCCGGCUCGUCGUCUGAGCGCGGGAGCAACCGGGGAGGCAGGGCGCAGAGCAGCGUCGUCGACAGCGGUACCUCGAUGCGCGACUCGUUCUUUGGACUGCAGACCAAGCCGACCAUACGGCAGGCGCCCUUCCCUGACCGAGAGCUCGGCUCACGACUUGUUGAGCUGUACUUUGAGCACGCGAACCCACAAAUACCCAUCCUGCAUCGGGGAGAGUUUAUGCAGCUGUUUGAGCGUGUGUACGCUUCGGGGGAGCGGCACCGUACCUCGCGUGAAUCGUACAUGCUCAACAUUGUCUUCGCCAUAGGCGCCGGCAUCAUACUUGGCAGCUCCGACUCAGAGGGCUCCCCGACAUCGGAUCAUGGCCGAUCACCAAACAAAUCACGCCUGUCUCCACCGAGCAGCAAGAAGCGGCGACUUGCAGGCCACCAGCACCAACCCGAGGAGUACCAUGCAUCCGCCAUUGUCCAUCUGGAAAACUUUCUAGGCUCGUCCCCUGCUGCGGACCGGCCCGACGGCUUCGGCGGCGGUCUCGAGGAACUGCAAGCUGUGCUACUCCUCGCGGGCUUUGCGCUACUCAGGCCCGUGGCCCCGGGCCUGUGGUAUAUUGUGGGCGUUGCCGUCCGCCUCGCAGUGGAUCUCGGGUUGCAUUACGAGGAUGGAGUGGGUAUUGACGGAGCGGGCGCGGAAGACCAAACUGUUGGGAACACGCCACUCAAGUCCAAGGGUAACGGCAACAGCACGGCUACCAGCAGUACCAACUCGUCAAAAAUAGAUGCCAAAGAAAGAGGCCGGAGACAGUGGGUCAGAGACUUGCGGCGGCGAUUGUGGUGGUGUGUCUAUUCCCUAGACAGGCUUGUGAGCACAUGUGUCGGGAGACCGUUUGGCAUCACAGAUCAGAUUGUGACUACAGAAUUUCCCUCGUUGCUCGAUGACCGUUUCAUUACCAAGGAGGGAUUUCUGAAACCGCAGCCACACCAGGAAAAGCCAACCUACAAGAUUGUAGCUCACCAUUACUUCCGCCUGAGACUACUGCAGUCGGAAAUCUUACAAGUCCUGCAGCACAGACAGGCACAGCAGGCAAGAGCAAGUGGUGCAAACCAAGGAAACGAGUUUAUGCACACCAAGCUCCCAUCCCCGUUCCUGGCAAACUUUGAGUCGUUCCGCGCCUGGCGUGUGGAUGUCGAUAGGCGCUUGCUCGCAUGGAAGGAAUCUGCGCCAACGCAGCUUGACGCUGGCGUACAGUUUUCUCCACUGUUUUUGGAACUCAACUACUGGCAAGCGCUGAUUAUGCUGUACCGGCAGAGCCUGGUGGUUCCAUCAGGUCUGCAGGACGAACUUGGCAAUACGGGCGAAGACAUGGGGAGUCCUUCGAUGAGCAACCUUGAGGAACGCGAAGACGAGGACUUGGUCUUUCUCAAGGUGGCGGAAGCCGGCCAGAAAGUCCUCAAGCUCUACCGCCAGCUGCAUCGUGUGCACCUGGUGAAUUACACAUUCCUCGCUACUCAUCACCUCUUCAUGGCUGGCAUAUCUUUUCUGUAUGCGGUGUGGCACAGCGUGCAUGUACGGAGCUUAUUGUCUCUUGACGAUGUCGACUUUACCGUGCUUGCCGCAACAUCCGUGCUGGGUGACCUGAUCGACAAAUGUCCGCCUGCGGAAGCAUGCCGCGAUGCAUUCGAUCGGAUGAGUAAAGCAACCAUUCAGAUGUGCAUGUCAACGACAGGCUUUGGAUCCCAGGCACUGCGUUCUCUCCCGCAGAAUCAAAAGUAUCAUGCACAAACCUCACCAAGCACCGCACAUGCGUCUGCAGACGCUGACAAGAAAGCGGAUAUUGAGAUGCAAGGCUAUAGUUCAGGGGACGCGGCAAACUUUUCCAGCCAUCAGCACCAGCAGCAGCAACGGCAAAGACGCCCGAUGCCACGCUUCGACAUGAAUCUCAAGGAUCUCUUCUCCGAGGAUGAGACAGACAAGCGGUCUUUUAGCCGCAUCAGCAAUCAAGUCAACGCCAUGAGGCCCCCACCGGCACCCUUGAAACCCAGCCCACAGCUGCAGCAGCCUUUUACAGCCGACCUGAAAAUCUCGCCCCAGUUCCGAUCGCACCAGCAAACCAACUUCUUCACCGCAAGCCCGGAAAUGACUAGCCCGAACCAGCAACCCAACUUUACAGCGUCACCACCAACCAACUCGUCCAUGGCCUCUCCAUACCAGGUAUCAAAUCAACUCCCCUACAACGCCUUUACACAAAACAUCAAUUCCGUCUACCCGGACCUAGGCUUCUCGGAUCUAGACUUUCUAGAUAGCUUCCCCAUCCAAGGCAGUGCCGGCACCGCAAACGACGCUGCUGCCGCUGGCGCAAUGCAGGAUGUCGGCAUCGGCUUUGGAAUGGGGUUUGGAGACGGGACGCACGACUGGAGUGAUGGAAAUGGGUUGGAUCUUUUUGAUGGGUUUUUCUUUGGGCCCGGUGGCACAGGAGGAACGGGUAUGUAG